CGCUACGUUACGGGGGUUUUGUUGCCGUACUGCACGCGCUACUUCAAUCUGGAUCCGUGAAGCGAGCCGAAGCUUUCCGAAGCGAACGUGUGCGUGUUUUCAAUACUCGUCGCCCGCAACGGAGAACGGAACGGUGCGCUCUGUGCUAGAGCAGGCGGACGCGGUGACCAGCAGGUGACUGGCGGGGUUUGUGCGAACAAAAUUAGGGUUAGCGUAGUGUGACCACGUACCGGGACUGCCCUUGGCCAGCCCCAAGUGCACCAAAGAACAGUGCCGAUCUGCAGGAAAACAAACGCUCCCGUUUUGGUGUGGCCGUACACAUCUGAGGUGACCGUGUGUUUUGCCUGUACGUGACUAACUCGGUUGGUAUGGUGGCGGUGGUGGUGUGUAUGUGUGCGGAAAUAAUGGAAUGCGUGUGUGUGUGUGUGGGAAUAGUGAGAAAGGGUGGAGUGCAACGGGGCUGCUAACUGCACCAUACGGAGGAAUGUGCAUCCGAGCAUCGGCGGCUGCAGCAAUCCCGCACAGCAGUAGACAAUAACAAACGAAAACUACGUCACGCACUGUAAUGCAGCCCCCACAUGAUCACAUUCCACUGCAGCUUACAAGAAAAAGAAAGCAGAAAGAGUUAAAACUAUGCUAAAAACUGUGCAGCCGUAAAGUUGUUUAUGUUUUGCCAUUCGCCCGCUGCGGGUGUCAUGUUGAUGCGUCAGAUGAGAAUGACAGUUGGCGCUUGUCGGAGAAGGAGGCGCUGCUUGCUGAACGGAAUGAUUUCUCAGCAAGCAUAAUACUGAACGAGUGGCUGCCGUACAAUCAAAGAAACAAUAUUGUUAACUAACUGACACACCGUGAGCGCGUGAGUGAUAUUGAUCGUUGUUAAGUGUAACAGUGUGCACAGUGUUCAAGCGUCAGUUGUAAACGAAGCAAAAGCCCCGAAAGCAAAAUGGCCGCAUUCGUCGCGAAGCAAAUGGUCGGCAACAAGCUGAACGCCGUUAAAGGAGCUGCUGGAGGCGCUGUUGGAGGUGACGGAGGCGACGAUGAGAACGACAAAGAGAAGGAAGAGGAGGCAGAGCGCGAGCGCCAGGAGGCGAUCCGCGAGGCCGAGGAACGACGCAAGGAGAAGCACCGCAAGAUGGAGGAGGAGCGGGAGAAGAUGCGACAGGAAAUCCGAGACAAAUAUAACAUAAAGAAAAAGGAGGAAAUCGUUGAACAGGCACCUCAGGAGGAACCGAAUCCACUGAUGCGGAAGAAGAAAACGCCCGAAGAGCUUGCGGCUGAGGCGGAACAGGAGGAUCUAGACGACUUCACGAAUGGCGAACCAUCAACCGGUAAUCGAAAGUUGAAAAACUCCAUAGAGACGCAGGUGAACGAGAUUAAGACACAAAUCGAAGGCAAAUGCUCCUUGCAGUGAUUGUGCACCGUACCGUGCGUACUCUACCAACCAAGUAUUCAGUAAUAUUUGACGACAUCAGUCACCCGACACCACCACAAACAUGCUAAACACGGAGACACACAACACACACAGAGACAACCGUAGUGUGAUGAACGGGCAGCGAGAUCGGUACACGUGGAUUGCGGAUCCAGAAUGCUCGGAAGCCGUCAACUCGAGCACUCCAAGAACUCGCUUGUAACGGCUUGUGUAGCGGGUGACGAUCGUGCCCAGGAGAUCGAAGGAAUGUCGGCAGGAAUGUCUCACAACGGAACAACGCUGUACCCGGUCACACGGGGUUCACCAUUUCACCCGACGGACACAUAAAAACACGUACCAACAUGGUGUACACAUUGACACAUUGAACCUGCGCCAUCGAACGGAAGCCAACCAGUACACUACGACGUCAGACAGACAGACACACACACUACAACACCUCACCCAUCCUGGAGAAUGGAGAAGGCGGCUUUCGUCGGGGACUGGACGCGUGCAUUCCACCACCAUGAAGUAGUUGUGAGUAUCCCGUAUGUAAAGACGGGAAGCAGUUAAAAACAAACCCAAAAAAGUAAUAAAAAGAAAAAUUAUUCCCAAAAAUUGUUAAAAAUAUUAGGAGCUCUUUGCUGCGAGUAAGGAUGAAAACAAAGUGAAAAAAUAAAACAAACAAACAAAAAACACUUAGCGAAGUAAAAACGAAAACAAAAAAACCAAGAAAAUUAGUAGUGCAGUGCAUAAAGGUAAAAGCGUGCAGAAGCGUGACAGAAAAAACAAGUAAUGGAACUUACAUCAGGCAACAACAAACGCGCAGAAGAAGCAAGGAAAAACAAAAAUAAGCAAAAAUUGUGAUUAAUCUCCUCGAACAAGCAAACAAACAAAAGGAAAACCGAAAUUCCACACCAAACACACACACAACAAGACGAAACAAACCGAUAAAGCUUCAACUUCAACAGUGCAGUGGAAAAUAGCUGGAGCUGUAGCAUUCUUUCCCCAUCUCAGCCCAUUUUCAUCCGGAAGAAAUCGCAAAGCACACAGCUAAAAGUAUAAAAUAUGUAAGACGUUUUGUAGUGAAAAUUCGUUAUCACACGAUCAAGCACAUGAUCGUGAUUUUUUGCUAUAAUAAGCUACGUUCCUGUUAAGUUUGAACGCCCGUGUUUCCGUUGACUUUUUUUGCCCGUUGAAGCGUUGUUGUGUUUGUUAACUGAUUCUUGUGCGAAAAAUCCCCAGAACGGAGAUAACAUAACGAAAAGAACUACAUCGAUCGGUUUCAGUGCGUUUCCCCGGUUCAGUUUCGAAACGAAAUGGAUCGCUCGUUGCCACCUUUUUUUCCUUUCUUCUCCUUUUUCUUCUUCUGGUGCUUUUAUUUAGUAUUAAAUAUUGGCACAUAGAAUUCGGCAACGCUUUCCCGGGGGAAAAAAAAACCCCGUACCCCCAACAUGAUUCUCUCCCAAUAUCUCUCUGUCAGCCCUUUCCUUCUUUCUAACAACCUGCACAUCACAUGGUAAAUGUUUGUGAUAGAGUUCCAACGUGAUAAACAAGAACAUAAUAACAAAAGCAAAUGGGAGAAGCAGACUGGGAAGAGAAGCGUUACGCACUGAGUAUUCACGUAACGCCACCAGUGUUACACCUGUGUGGAGGAAAGGCAAAGAAGCAAUGAAGUUCUAUCUAAAUCUCAAUGGAAAAUGAAACUCACCCUUCCCCGGAACAUUGUUCGAGAGAGCAGUUGAAUUAAUAGUAAUAAAUUAUUAAUACACAAACAAACAAACAAACGCCACCCCGCCUCGAAAAAAAAACCAACGGAAGUUCGUAGCGCUUGUGGUGUGUGAGCGAGCGCUUGUUUGUGCCCACGGGCGGCACAACAUCUUCGUUUUAGUAGCAAAAAAAAACACACACACACAGACAUAUUUUUCGCGUUGUCUUUUUUGCUCGUUAGCCCAGUUGUUUGACUACGAAGCGUUAAGAAGUGACGGCAUGCAUACAUAAGUGAAGAACUAUAGUGGAAAAAAAUUGCAAAUGUUUUAACUUUAGCGAACAAAACAAAACCAAACAAUGCAGCAAGCAGUACUUAAUGCACUUUAUGAAAAGAAGUAACCAAACUAGCAAACACACAUACAUACAAACACAGACAGACAAACAUAUGAGGAAAUUCAAAGGACAGAGUAGCAAAACAGAAAAAUGGAAAAAUGACAACAAAUACAACAAAUAAGUAAAACAACACACACUUGUAAAACACUUGUAAACACACAUUUAGGGCAGAGAGAAACAAACCCAAACCAAACCCGCUUCAAAUCGAACAGUAGCAAAUAAUGUGAGGUGUGGUGAGCGAAGAAUGUAUAUUUAGAGUGAGGCAAAGAAACAGAAAAAACACACACACACAUACAAACACACACAGUAGAUAAAUGAAAAGGGAAGGUUGGAAAAAUGGAAGCGAACGGAAAGCAAACAAAAACUUUAGCGUUAUUAUGAUUAGUAUAACACAUUAUAGCUUGAAAUUCGUUAAAAAGUUAAAGUAUGAAAAUGACAAAAUGUGCAACAAAACAAAUCCCCCCCUCGAACAAACCGAAAAGAAGAAGCAAAACUUCCCAAAUUCCAAACAAAAAGGAAAACAGAAACCGAAACAACCAAAUAGAAAAACGGAAAGAAAUAAAAACAAAACCACCAGACCCCAACAUCAGUAAAGCUCUCAAGUGAAGGUCACCUUUACCAACACACAAACACAAGUAAACGUUUUGAAGAAAAAAAAAAACAAAUCCCAGGCGUCUGUGGAAAUGGUGGAAAAGGUUCGGAAAUGCAGCCUGAAAAUGGUGCGUGCGUGUGUGUGUGUGCGGUGGACACAAGAGGGCAGCUGGUACGAUCGCAUGAUGGACGUUCGGACGGGACCGUUUGUUUGCUCACUUGCUCAGAUAAUUUUAUCAUCCUUCCCACCAAGCUUCAAGUGUGGGCUACAAGAAACGGAGACGGAAAAGCCGGACGUUGGUAUAAUGAUAAUGAUUCGAAUAAAAAAAAAACCUCCCCCCUUCGCUCAGGAGUGGUUCGCACGAAAACUCCGCCAGACAGACCAGCAGCAACAAGCAGCUAUCAUCCCUACUAAAUGUCGUUAAUUGCUUUUACAUUUAUAUCUUACUAUGUUCGGUGGUGCGGCUCGUUGUUUAAAACUGCCCAUUCUAUGUGUCGUGUGUCUUGUGUUGUCUGUGUGUUUACUGUGUCUCACUAUCACAAACUCUAUUCUAUCGAUCCUCUACCUUUUUUCGAUGACUUCGAGGGCUCCCGACUUUCGAGGGGAUGUUCCAAAUAUUAAACGUCUACUCACACACACACACACUUGCAAAACCAAUCCACACAACCAACAAAAACCCCGCUCAGAAAAAACACAUCGAAUUGCAGCAUCUUCAAGUGCACUUCCGAAGAGAGUUAGUAGAAAAAAGAGAAAUCGUAACGCCUCUCCCCACAGAAAGAAACCGCAAUAAUGAGAGACGCUAAAUGUCAUUGAAAAAACAAAAACCACGAUCAAAGUGAUAAUUGUAUUUAGGAAAGGGUGCGAGACACACAUACAAACACACGCUCAAACCACCCUCUGUCCUAGCGAGCUAGCUUCAAACUAUUUCUUCCGAUCGUCACAAGAGUUUCGAACUGAACUGUCGCUCCUGUUGCCGUUUCGUAGCGUUGCGGCGCGUGUGAAAUAUUUCAAACGAUGUGAAUUAUUUCACGCCGGCUACUAAGAUGCGGAUGUAUCUUUCUCUUUUCGGUGACAGAUGUCACACGGCUUCGCUGCUCUCUCUCUCUCUCUCUCUCUCUGUCUGCUCUCGCUUUCACACUCACACACUCACACUCGCACACAAACAUUCACACACGUUUGUGCAUUUGAUGUCGUGUUGGUUGUGUUUGUUGUUACGUUCGUUCGAUAUAUAGUUACGAGAAUACGAUCAAUGUGUAAAAGAGCAAUAAUAUAGCAAUCGAUAUAAUAUCCUGUUUGCAAAAACCAAAACGAAGAAGAAAAAGCGAAAGGGAAAGCGAAAGUUAAGAAUAAACAAACAUGCAAAUGAUGAUGUUACAUUAAACGUAAAAAAAAAACCCAAAAACACGAGAACAGGAUAAUAAUAGCAGUAAAUCAUUCAUUUCCCACCCAAGCGUCAUUAUGCACACCUGAGCGCGAGCCCAUCGAGCGUAACACAUCGCGCGUAACGCAUCGUGCGUAACGCUUCUGGUAAGGUUUGUUGCUUUCCGGUGUGUUUUCUGUUUCCUCUCUGCUAACACUCUGCUCAUUGAUGUCCUAUGUAUGUGUGUGUAUGUAUGUGUGUGUGUGUUUGUGAAUGUGUGUACUAGUAGUGAAUGUAUAUUAUUAAUAACAACAAAAACAACCAGGUGUGGGACAGUUGGAAAGGACAGAAUGAUAUGAAGGAAAGAUCACACACACACACACAAGUCGCAUGAUAUAAAUAAAUCGUCACACACACACACAUUCACAAGCUAAACCAAUAACACUGAAACACAGCAUAAUUUCUAAUAAUUGGACAACAGCAAUGGAUGAAAUGCAAUAGCGAAUAUAGCUAACCAGAACCCAUCUGAAUACGAUCGUAAUAUUCACACGCACACAUGCACGUCAUACACACACACACACGCAUCUAUAAAUAUAUACAAACACACGUACAUACUUCCCAAUAAAGUCGUUUGCAAACCAAAAAAAAAACAAGGACAACGCGCGCGUAUUUAUCUUUCUCAACUAUCUCUCUAUCUCUUAAAUCACAUUUAUCUAACGUAGAGCGGACAAACCCCGAGUGAAUAUAAACAAACAAAACAAACAAAAAUCCAACCUAGUUGAAAAGCAAUGUAGUAAAGUAAAGAAGUUCACUAGCAAAAGCAAAAGGGAGAAAGCGGCCCCAAACGAAAAAAAAACCCCAGCGGGGAAAACAAGAGUGAAAAUAUUGGCUUAUUGAUGGUUAAUAUUUUAAAUUGCAAUAUAAAAACGAAUUGUUGUCCGAUGGGUUUCGUACUCGCUGUUUGGCAAUUCGAAUUGUUUGUGUGUUUAUUUAAAUGUUCUAACUUCCUAGCCAAGAACUUUUGGGUUCUCGUAUUAUUUAAAACAGUAUUAUUUAAAUAUUUAAAAUUUAAACCUUUUUAAUUGAAUUGUAAGUAAGCCAGCAAAAAAAACAACAAAAAAACAAAAAAUCACUCAAUCUUUUAACACGAUUUUCUCACACUUUUUCCGUGCGCAUUCUAUCCGCUCUUCACCCGCUCGAAAGCAGUAUCGAAACCAAUCUAUAUACAUACAUAUAUAAAACAUAUACAUAAAACAUAUACGAAACUACAUAUGGUGAAAGCAUAUUUAAAAGCAACCCCCCAAACAGUACUAUCAAACAGAAUACAGACGGAAUCGGAAUGCAGUGACAGUGGUGUGGCACCCUACCAAACUCUACCAAAUAAUCGAAUGCAGUGUGUUAAAACAAACUUUCUGUGUGUAGUGUAAGCAAAUUCACCUGUUGUAGCUUAAUCACUCACGUCUGUGUUGCUGCCUACAAAUCUAACCACCAUCUCACCACGAUCUCAAACCUGGCCUCUUCUCGCCGCGCCUGAAGGGCGGCACAACACAGAACACCCCAAUUUACGAACAAUUAGGAAAGCGAAAUUGUAAGAAAACAAUGGUUUAAACAAAACUCAUACAAAAUAGCAUGCGAAGAAGUAGGGGUUUUUUGGCGAGUAGAAGGGAUGAAUUUGGAAGAUACACAAAACUGAACCAACUAGGCAAACAAAACAGCAACCAGACGACAGUAAAAACAGCAGCAAAACCCAGUAGCAAAGCAUCAGCAACACAACAAACAACAAUCAUCACCACCACCACCAACCAAUCAUCACCAACAACCACCAACAUGGCAUUAGGCAUCGUUUGUUUAUAAUUGUUAAAACAAAACAAAAAAUGGUUUAAUGAGAUAAAGAAAACAAAACAAAACAAAACAAAAAAAAAACAAACAAACAUGAAACAAGCGUUACACAUUGAAAACUGAAGGUUAAGAAAUUAAGGAAUAAAACACAGAAAAAGAAAACUGUUGAAAACAAAAACAAAAAACUCAAUGGCCUUUUUAAUGCUGUGCUUAUUAUAUGUAUUUGUAUAUUUAUUCUGCUUUCUUUCCGUUUCAUUCGAUGUUAACUAUUUGUUUCUGUAUUCUAUUGUUUUUUCCUUGUAUCUUCUUAAUGUGCUAAAUAUUUUGGCCGUCAGUGUGUACCUUCUAUCUAUCUACAGAAACUAUUACAAACGCGCUCCGUACACAAACAGAUAAACGCUCUUAAAUGUUAUCCUUCAGCUAUGUGUGGACUGAGGAAAAAAACAUGGUAAGGCUCUACUUCUUAUUUCCACACAUAUUCGUACUACUUUCGCUGUGUUAACUCACACACACACACACACACACGAAAUAAAAACACAAAUAUACUUUAUGUGAAGCUCUCCCUCUCUUUCUUCGUUUUGCAUGUACUGCGAUAAGUGUUGGACACGUGCUUUUUAGUUGGAUGUUUAGUCGAUGGAUUUAACUGUGUUUGAAACUUGGCUUACUGCGAUUGGGUUCAAUUCUGCAACCUAAUAAGCAAAACAUAAUGGGAAGAAAACGUGCAAGAAGUAGAAACCAAAAACACCCCAGUAGCUUACAAAGGGUACAAAAAACCCUCUAGCAAACAGUAGCACUAUAUAUACAGACACACACACACACACUAACAGCUAAAGUAAAUAAAAAAACAUAAGUAGGCUGGCGAAAAACCGUGAACCGAAGAACACCGAAGAAGCAACACUCGAAUUGCAAAGGAAAACAAUAUACAUGUCAAUUACAAAGGAGGAGGAAAGAGCUGAUUAAGGACUAACACUGUUGUGCGAUGCAGUAACGGGGGCAUGCACAUACACAUAUAUACAUACAUAUUAUAUUAUAUAUAUACACCACAAUUUAAUGAGUGCGUAGUGCAAAACAAAGCUAGCGAGCGUAGCAAGCACGGGCAAGCGAUAUAAAAAGAGAAAACGAAUGGCGGAGAGAAGAGAGUGAGAGAGAAAGAGAAAGAAAAUGAAAAUAUUUAAAUGAGCAAAGAAAACCUACCCGUUUUCCCAACCCUUCAAUUGCAGUUGAUUAUGGGAACGGAAAGUGUUCGAUAAAAGGGAUUUUUCUAAGUGAAUUGUGUAAUUAUGCUAUUGUUUGUUUUCUUUUGUACGAAUAAUUUAUUUCAAUGUUUUUUUUUGUAUCUUUUUAACAAUCUUCUUUAUUUUACUGCUUUACUAUUUGUUUUUUCUCCUUCUUAUAACCAGUUUUCUUAUAUUUUUUUUACAUUUUUGACUUUAUUAACAGUUUCUUCUUUCUGUAUAUUUAUAUCUUCUAUUUAACAACUUACCCUGUUUUUUUUAAAUAUUUUUUAUUAUUUAUUACUUAGUUAGUUAUUUAUUUAGCCUUUUUAUUUCAUGAGUUUCUUCCUUCUGUGUAUUUAUGAUUUCUUUAACAUUUUAAUAUUUUAGAUUUUUUUUAACUGAUUUUUUUUCUAAAGAAGACCAGAAGUGAAGAGAGAAAAACAGCACAAUUGUCAAACAGUAAGAAACAAAAGUUGCCAUUCGUAGUGAGACAGUAGAGCAGCAUCAGUAUCAGUAGUUUGGUGCAGUUAAUAAACGAGAACAAACAACCCUAGUGUGAAUAUAAUAAUUGCCGAGUGUGAAAGCUUUCCGCAGUACAAGCUACACACGAUCAACGAAAAAAAAACCGAUACACGGUAACAAAAACGAGAGGUUUCGCUGGGUUCAUUUCGGAAAUAGCUAAUACCUGUUCCUCUUUCUCCAUCUCUGCAUUUGCAAAACUUUUCCCCGUCGCUCUAUUUUCACUUCACACUCGUACUGUAAGCUACCUGUGCAAAGGAAA